AUGCCAGAGACAGAGGCUUUCGCAGCGUCAUUGAAUGCGGAAGACGCUGAUAUGACCGAUUAUGCUACCUCGCAACUCGCUCCAAGAAUGUACCCAGACCGGUACCCCCUUUGGCAAAUUAUCCCCUCCACUAUAGCUGGCGCUUUCAGCCUUUGUCUGUGGCCCUUUUUGCCGAGAGUGACCAAGUUUCUCUUAUUCGACGUCUUCCUUCCACGUAUGCGGGACGCCAGCUUUCGCGGGCCCUCGACCUCACGCCUCCCAGCGUUAAUCCAAGUCCACCGCGCUGCUCUGAAUGCGGUGUCUCUCGAGGACCUGAGUCGCUUCGUCAUCUCGCGAAAUUUCGGCCACGACCUCUCUUUUCAGUACAACGAGACUGGUGAUUUGAAGGAUCUACUCGAGUCGAUCAGAGCCCUUCGCGAGGCGCUCUCGCUUCGCCAUCCACGUCAUCCUGAUUGUGCGGAGCCGUCGAUGAUGCUGGCGAAUAAUUUACAUCUUCUAUUCGUCGGUGUCAAGCGUCGAGAGAUCAUUGAGGAAGCUAUUCAGCUCUCUCGCAAUGCCAUAGAUCUUCUCCCGCCGUCUGCACAUGACCAGAGGCACAGAGCGCUUCGUACGCUCUCAGAGUGCCUUCGCGUCGCCUCCACGCAUAUGGUACUCAACACAAUCGAGGAGUCCGUCGACAGAGCUCGAGAAGCCUUGGCUUCAUGCCCACCAGGCCACAAUGAGCGAGAUCUCUCGUUGGCACAGUUAUCGGCAGCGUUGAAAGCCCGCUACGAACGGUCGCGAGAUAUUGACGACCUAGACGAAAGUAUCAGGCUCCAACGGGAGAGCAUGGCACUUCUGACAGGUCCUCGACCACCACGCCGACCCAUCGCCAUGUACAACCUUGCUCUUGGUCUCUUGACUCGUUAUGAUAGGACCCAUGAUAUUGCUGAUCUCGAAGAGAUUCGCGUCCACGCAGACGAGUGCGAUACGUUGCUAAAGCCCUAUGAGCAUCACCCAGCCAUGUCAUUACUUUGGUGGAUCCUUGCGCCAGUCUAUCUCCGGGACCCAAAUGCACUAAAUUACGAACGCGGAUUCUUGCUUUUGGAAAGAGCAACGAAGCACCCCUUUUCCUCUUCCUUCAAUCGACUUCAAGCUGCACUAGCAUGGGUAUGGUACGCACGACCGCUAAAGCAUCCUUCUACUGGUGACGCCUAUUCUGAAGCCUUGCGGCUUGUGGGCGAACACCUUCGAGUGCGCCCUAGUGUCGAAUGGCAGCGUGAGUUCUUCGGUCAGGAAGGCAUAAGGACGCUACCGAGUGCCGCUGCCUCCUAUUUCAUCGAAAUGGGAGAUAUUGAACGAGCUGUAGAGAUAUUAGAGCAAGGACGCGCACGAACGUGGUCAAUGCUUCGCGGAUAUCACCCUCCUCUGGACAUCGACCGGCUGAAGACGACGGAUCCUGGUUUGGCGGAUAGGCUGUCGUUCAAUCUCGAAUGGCUGAGCGAGCUUUCCUUGACACGCGUGUCGGAGAUUCCACAUUGGAGACAAUAUCCUACUCAGAAGUCAAAUUUGACCGUCGAGAGCCCCUUUGAAUAUGUCCUGAGUGGGCAACUCAUGUUGACAGAAGAUCUAGCGGUGACCCUUCAAAAAAUCAGGUCGAUAGAUGGUUUCAGAACCUUCCUGGACAACGAUUUCUCCUACAACCAUCUCGCGCAAGCCGCCUGUGAAGGUCCAGUCAUCAUCGUCAAUGUCGAUUCAUUUCGCUCGGAUGCCAUCAUCGUGUAUCCCAAUCGUUCAUCGAUGGUGGUCCCGCUCGCCGCAAGCCUCCAAAAGACAGUGAACCAGAUAUCCCAUAAACUCGACCAAGUUGUAUCGACUGCACGACAGGAACGCUACGAUUCAGUCGCUUCGAAUCGUCGCACUGCCGAUAUCAUCACCGUACUGAAUCUGCUAUGGAGUCAGAUCUGCAAACCUGUAGUCGACCAGCUCCUUAAAGAUGGAGUAUCGGAGCAAUCACGGGUCUGGUGGUGCCCGACAGGUACCCUCGGGUUAUUGCCUCUUCACGCCGCAAGGCUGUAUAAGAACGGAGAAAAAAAUAUGUCGGACAUCUUCGUAUCCUCAUACGCACCGACGUUAUCCUCCCUCAUCUCAGCGAGGUCUACCACAAAAGAUGUGGCCGGAAGACGUGGACGUAUUUUAGCCGUGGGUCAGUCGAAGGCACUUCCCCAGGUGAAGCCAGAGAUACAACGCAUUCAGCACGUCUUCGCAAGCAGCAGCGCAGACGUUCUUGUCCGAGAUAAUGAUGAAGCCACACCCGGCCAAGUUCUGAACGACAUGAAGAAUAACACCUGGGUUCAUUUUGCGUGCCACGGUUCGCUCAAACCGGAAGAACCAUUCACUUCAUCUUUCAAACUCCACAACAACAGUGACCUCACCCUCAUGACAAUUGCAAAGGCUCAGAUUCCAAAUGCCGAACUAGCCUUCCUAGCCGCAUGUCAUAGCGCGGCCGGAGACGCUCGAGGAUCGGUCGACGAGAUCCUCAGUCUUGCGGGAGCGCUGCAGUUUUGUGGCUACAGGAGCGUGAUAGGGACUUUGUGGGUGAUGAAUGAUAGUGAUGGGCCGGAACUAGCAGGUUCUUUCUAUGAACAUAUGGUCAACGAGGACCUAGACUUCCGUAAGUCCGCCAUAGCUCUGCAUGCAGCCGUGAAAGAAAUCCAGGCGAGAAAGGUUCCUCCUGAACGUUGGUGUACUUUCAUACAUAUAGGGGUUUGA